UAAACGUGCUUCGAGGAGAGGUAGCUGUUUUUUAGAAGUGAAAUAAAGCCCAGUGAGAAAAAGCAUUGGUAAACGAGAAACGGGUAACACUUGUAUUGUUAUUACUAUUAUUUUAAAUAUAACACCGCGUAAACUCUACUUUAAGUGUAUGUUAGUGUUCCAGCUUUCUGUAGUUAGCUAGUUCGUUCCCAGUAAACAACACGCCUAUUCAGGAUCCAUUCAGGAUUCUGUUAAUUGAAUUAUAUCUUUAAUGCUGGAAGUGUUCGUGUCAUGAACAUAUGACUUAAUGUCUUCAGCAGAUCACCAAACGUCGAUCUUUAAAUCGGCAUACAUAUAAUUCAAGUUGAAUUCAAGAGUUGUUUAGAAAGAAAUUUCAACUUUUUUAAUGAUGGUAAGCACCCGAACUAGCAAGGACAUUAUGUCAAUAUUAAGUAGCCAACUGCUAAUAAAUAAUAAAAUUAGGUAUACAGCCUUAUAUAUAGCUUUUAUAUAUUGAUCUGUGCCAGUGUAUUAACGUUACCUGUAAGUUAGCUGUUGGGUUUGUCCAAUAAUGUGUGUCUGUGACGUUUAUGAGUAAGGUGAGAUGGACAGAGAAGACAGAGAAAGCCCGUCAAACAGCUGUAGACAGCUGGAUGUCCACCUCAGCGCUGGUGAUGACAGUGACGAUGAUGGUCCAGGCCAGGAGACCUUUAAAGAUGAAGAGCCUGGCCUUCCUCCUGAUUUGGAUUGGUUGGAAGAAUUGCAUGAGGAGGAGGAUGGCGAUGGUGAUGAUGAUGAUUGUGACCUUGCGGCUUCAGCCAACAGUGGUAAGAAGAGGAGUUAUGCCGAGACAGCACGGAUGUUCAAGCUGAGACGAAAUCUGGACCAGCUGGACUGCUUUCACCAACAGAAGGAGCAUGACGUGCUGAAAGCCAGAGAAAAGCUGAAACUCUGUCGUCAGAAUGUUGAGAGCUUGUUGGAGCUGAGGGAUAAUUUGGAGAGAGAAAUCGAGCACCAGAAAGCAGCAGACAACAGCGUGGCAGUGUUUCGACUGCGGGCACAACAUAAGCUUCUGUGUCAAAAGCUCCAGAGUGAGGAGGAGCUGGAGGGCCACAUCAACACUGAGCUGAAGCAACAAGAAAUAGAGCUGAGUGAGGUGGAAGUGGAGCUUGGCAGAUUCUCCUUUCUCCGGCAGGAGGUGCAGGAAGAGGAGAAGCUCUUCCAGGUCCUGAAGGCUCAGAAGGCGGCGACAAGGCUGCAGCAGGAGAGGAAAGUCAGCUGGAACCUGCAGCUAAAGAUGCAGAAUCUCAGGGAUAAACAGGUAGCCAUGCUGAAGAAAGAGGAGGCUGAAUGUCAAAAGAAAAUUGAAGAGGCUCGAGCGAAUCGCAAGAUAACUGCCAAGUACUUGAAACAGACCAUUAAAAGAAUGCAUCAGCAGGAGGCUGAGAAGGAGCGGCAGAACAGGGAGUUACUGGAAAAAAGGAUCCAGGCUGUCAAGUCGCUGAAGUCUAACAUAGCAGCCACCCAAGAGAGUUUACGUGUCCAGCAGAGCAGAGCCAAAGCAAACGCCCAAAAGAAAGAACAGCAAAAAAGACAACUGAGAGAAUCCCUGCAGGCCCAAGGCAUCAACAGUAUCAAAUAUAUGUACCAGCAGAAACAGCUAGAGGAGAUGAAACGAAAACAAGAGGAAUUCGAGGAGAGCCAAAAGUCCAAAAAGGUGGAGAUCGUGGCAAAAAUCCUUCAGGAGGAACAGCUGAUAAGGAGCAGGAAGAAGAACCAGUCUCUGCUGCCCAAACCCUCAACCACUGACAGGUCCUCAUUUCUGAGGGGGGCCAGACAGAAGCUGCUGUACUACCUGGAUCCUCUCCCCCCACCAGCUACUGAGGACACAGCCACUGCUUUAAGAGAGUUCAGCAGCUCAUCAUCAGCUUCUUCUGAUGAGGAGGACCUGGGGAAAACAGAGGAAGCCAUCCAGCAGGAAGUGGACCACCAGGGUCUUGCUGACAGCCUGGCUGAGCCUGAAUUCUCCGGGCUGUGGGACCACAGCUACAAGUUUCAGAAGCCCCUCAAUGAGCAAGCCACACCGUUUCAAGCUGAAAUAAAGCAAGAAGAACCUGUGGUAGCCAGUGGAAAGGUCAGCACGGCUGCUAAAAAGGUUCAUGGAAGGGAAAUGAAAGGACCUCCGUUCACCAGUAAACCAGAGGUCAUCCUCUUCAAGGACUUUGAAGUGGGGAGAAUGUAUAAGAAGAAGAUUGCUCUCACUAACAUCAGCUACUCCGUAAACCACUGCAAGCUUCUCAGGGUCCCCGCUCACCUGAAGGAGUUUAUCUCUGUCAACUUUGAGCCACCUGGCUCCUUAUCUCCUGGGAUGUCCUGUGACAUGCAAGUUGUUUUCCAGCCUAUGAUCAAUGAGGACUUGACCGGAGAGAUCCAGUUUGCAUCCACUGUGGGUCCCUUCUCUGUGCCGGUUCGAUGCACCAUAAAGAGAUGUAAUCUGGAGGUUGACGCCCAGUUCAUUGACUUUGGUUCACAUGUCGUGGGCCAGACUAUUUCACGGACUGUCACCUUGACCAACAAGGGUGCACUGGCCACCCUCUUCAGCCUGGACACUUCCACUUGUCUCAGUCCAGAAACUAGUCAUGUCCAGAUGCCAUCUCAGGUCUCUGCCAACACAGGCCAGGAGACGAGAAGUCAAAACACAACACGUGACCACCAGAAGAGCUCUGCAUCCAUAGAAACCGACAAAGCCCAACCAAAGCAACCAGGUCAGGAACUCUCUGAGGCAUCACAGCGAGAGCAAGCAGUGUCAGAGGCCUCAGCGACGGACCAAGACGUGGUUCCCGAGGUGUCCUCGUCCUCAGAUGUAGACUCUCAGAUAGACCAGACCCCAUCAGACCCCAGUGACAUAAGAUUGGGAAAUGUGAGAGAGGGAGAGAUCGGACCAUUUGAAAGCAUCAAAUUAGAGAUUAUAUUCGCUCCAAACAUUCCAGGAGAGACCAAACAGGACUUCUACAUCAGCUUCUCUGACAUGACCAGCAAACCAAUAAGAAUCCAGGUGAGGGGUGUGGCAGUCGGUGUCCCGGUCUGGGUAGUUCAGCCCAGCAUUGACCUGAAGAUCUGCAUGUUUGACCGCCUUUAUCAGGACAGCGUCAUGAUAUUAAGCAGAGCCAGUUCAGCUUUGAAACUGACCUUUGAGGUUUGCCCAGAAAUGAGGAAACACGUGGAGAUCCUACCAAAGACCGGCUUCAUCCAGGCUCAGUCAAGCUUUAACGCUCAACUGAAGUUCAUGCCAAGGCGUUCCCUAUCUCAAGAUGCAAAGGAGUUUUUUGACAGCGAUACUGGAGUCCUGGAGGUGCCAAUGACAGUGCAAGUAGCAGGCCAGGUGCAGCCGGCUCAUUUCACAGUCCAUGCAGUUGUGACGUCCUCAGACCUGCAGUUUGACCAGCCUGAGGUGGACUUUGGAUACUGUUCCAUUUACCAGUCGGUCAAGAGCACCGUCCGCCUCACCAAUCUGUCCCUCUUGCCUCAAGACUUCGGAUUCUUGGGUGUUCCAGAGUUCAUGGAGGUCCAGCCUAAUGAGGGCUUUGGCACUCUGCUCCCACAAGAAACCCUAGAGAUGGAUCUAGUAUUCAGUCCAAAAGUGGCCAAAGAGUACCAUUUCCAACUCAGCUGCAAGUCUGGAAUUAACAGAGAUUUCCUGCUGUCCUGCCGAGCUGUGGGUGUCCAUCCACCCCUGGAGCUCUCUCAUUCUCUGGUCCAGUUUGGGGCCACAGCCCUAGGUGACCAGUCCACUUCCAUACUUCACCUGAUCAACCACCACACUGACCGUAACCAGUCCAAACAACUCCAUCUGAUCACGCCAGUGGUCAAGGAUGCCGUGUCUGUGGAAAUACCCAGGCUGUUCUCAUUCGUUCUGCCGGAGGACUCAGAUAUCAGCAUCACUCCUACUGCAGGACGCCUUCUCCCUGGAGAGAAAUGUCUGGUCCAGGUGAUGUUCAGGCCCAGACUUUCGGACCAGGAGGUUAAAGACGAGGCAUUGCGUCUCUUCCAGCGGGCCAAGCUGCUCCGUGAGAAGGAGUUGGAGAGAAAGAAACAAGCCGAACAGGAGGCUAAAAAGGAGAUUCCAGCAGAAAUCAGUAAAAGGAAAAAGUCUUCUGGGAAACCAAAGAACACCAAGGUGUCAGACGACCCGGAGACAGAAAAACAAGCUGAAUCUCCAGAUCCUGUCGACAUACAGCCAGGGCCAGAGCAGUAUGAGGAGGCCAAGGUCUCUCUGCUGUACUCCUUCAGCCAGCGCUACAGAGAGUACAUCAUUCCCUGCUUCAUAUCAGACGGAGACCCUCCAGAGGAAGACAGACAGAAACAGCCAACGUGGAGCUCCUUCAAUACCAUCUACUUGAAGCUGCAGUGUCCUGCUGUACAGCCCUCUCUAGUUGUAAUAUCCAACAAUAGACUUAAUAUCGUAGACUUCCACCAGGUGGCAGUGGGAGAGAAGGAGAUUAGGAGGUUCACAGUUCAGAACAUUUCAAAAGAGCUGUUGGAUCUCAAGUCGUCAUUGUUGGACAUAAACGGUCCAUUUUCCCUUCUCAGUGCUCUCAGAUCCAUUAGACCAGGAGAGAAACACACUCUGGUGUUCGCCUUCAGUCCAACUCUGGACAAAAAGUGCCAUGACAUACUGGAGGUGCGCUGUCAGAAAAUGACAUUGAAAAUAACUCUGCGUGGGGAGGGCGUAGUCCCUGCUGUCACCUCAUCCCACACUGGAGGUCUCCUUGACUUUGGCUACGUGUUGGAGAAGGAGAGAGCCUCACACGUCAUCAAGUUACAGAACAGCUCAGCAGUGGCAGUGGGCUUCGCUGUCCUGCUGGCUAGUCUCUCUCCGUCCAGGCCUCGGGGUGGAGUUGACAAGGUGGAGUUCUUGCUGGACAAAUACACAGACUCACAAGUCCAACCUGCUGUGGGGACUCAGAACCACAGCGGGCUGAGUGUGUUCACUGUGGUGCCAGCAGAGGGCAGCAUUGCUCCAGGACAGAGCCAAGACAUCACUGUCACCUUUCAUCCUGACCACCCAUCCCUUAACUACUCUGACAAACUCACCAUAGAGCUCGUGAAUAAGAGUAAAGUGUGUGUGAUGGAUCUGAAGGGUGCGGCCUCUCAUCAUAACAUGUAUCUAUGUGGAGGAGACCUGCUGACAGUGCCCAUUGAAUCACUCCUCCCUUCAUUCGUAAUCAGUCAGCCGCAGCUCACAGCAGAGUCAGAGGAGGUGGAGAGGCCAAGCAUCCCUAUACUGGUGACCUUGCGCGCCAGCUGCAGGACUGGUGCCAUCACACCUGCAGUCAGGGAGCUACAGGUGGGCUGUAUCCGCUCCACACAGCCCAGUAAGAAGAAUGGUGAAUUUUACUGGGACAACGUGGCAUCACUACAGCAGCUGGGCUUCAGUGUAGAGCCCAGCAAAGGCAGCGUGGAGGUGGGACACAGGCGCACCAUUACUAUCACAUGGACUCCUUACAGUGGACACAAGCCCUAUGAGGUGGUGCAAACGUGCGUGCCUCUUACCGUAAAGGGCGAUGAGACAAAUGUUUACAGAGUCACCCUGAUGGCUUUGGUCUCCAUGACUUCUGACUGACCUCUACAGGUCCUGGAUGCCCGUCAUUGGGAAGUCUGCUCACACCUACAUGGACAGAAAACCACAGAGAUGACAUAUAUAUAAAUGUAAACCAAUAAAAACGUAAAUUUAAUAUUUAAA